CCUGAAUAAGAAGUCAGACAGGUGAUCUCUGAGAGUUUUGGAGCCAUGAAGGAGGUGGUGUUGCUCCUCCUGGUGGUGACGGCGGCGUCCUCCAGGUCUCACAGCAGCUGGUGCGAGCUGGGCUGCGACUGUCGAGGAGACCUCAGGUUCACCAUAUGCUCUCGGGCGCUCUUCACCCAGCUGCCCGACAGAGUCCCCCCCAACACCGAGCUGCUCGACCUCUCCGACAACCACAUCUCCGUCAUCCCCGAGCGCUCGCUCAACAAAAACCGCAAGCUGCGCGUACUGCUGCUGCAGAACAACAACAUCAGCGUGGUGGAGGACGGCGGCUUCUCGCAGCUGGAGUUCCUGCAGAAACUGGACCUGAGCUGGAACCGGAUCUCCGCGCUGACCGAGGGCUUCUCCGUCGGCUUGGCCUUCCUGCGGGAGCUGCAGCUCGCCCACAACCGGCUGACGAGGCUGGACAGCCGCAGCUUCCUGCACCUGGACAGCCUCCAGAGGUUAAACCUGACCAGCAACAGCAUCCACGCCAUCCAGGUGAGGUCGUUCUCCACCAUGAGCGGCCUGCGGCAGCUGCACCUGGAGGGGAACCGGCUGGCGUCUCUACGGAGCGGCAUCUUCUCCAUGCUGCGCUCGCUGGAGGUCCUCAACCUGGCCGGCAACCACAUCAGCGAGAUGGAGACGGGCGUCUUCAAGCCGCUCGUCAGCAUGACGCUGCUCAACCUGGCCGACAACCAGAUGUCCACCGUCUGCUUCAAGACGUUCCUGAGCAUCCACACGUACAGCACGCACAUCCUGCUGGAGGGGAACCCGUGGAACUGCGACUGCGACCUGCAGAGAGUUUUCCGGAAGCUGCGCAGCAUCCAGAGGCUCUUCCUGGACGACUACUACAACCUGACCUGCAAGGAGCCCGCCGUCCUCCACGACUACCGGCUGAUGGACGUGGACACGGAGCUGUGCAUUGCUGAGACCGUCACCGUGCUCAUCAUCACCGUCACCGUGGUGAUAACCGUGCUGGCCGCCAUGCUAAUGGGCGAGAGGAAGAGGAAGAAGAAGAAGAAGGGGAAGCACUGGACGCAGCAGGAAGAGCUAUCAGAUGAGUCGGACUACUGAAACACAAAAUUCUCUUUCUGUCUUUAUUUUCUGACAUACUGAGACAAAAUGAUCCC